AUGGCGCCCGUGUGGCCGGCACGAAGCGGAUGGGCAGGGAGUUUGGGGACGCGUGGAGGAGUUUCACCGGUUGAAUUCAGAAAUAAGAAUGUGAAACGGAAAACGUGGCGACCUAAUCAUCUGCAAGCCUUCUCGGGGAGCGUUCGAGAAGGACAAGGCUUUGCAUUUCGAAGAAAACUCAAGAUUCAGCAAACUUAUAAGAAAUUACUCCGGAGGGAAAAGAAGUCUCAAACACCAAGUGAAUCCCCCUUCACAGAUUGGUAUCCUGAUCAUCUGAAACAUCUUUAUUUAGCUGAAGAGGAAAGACUCAGGAAGCAGCUUAGAAAAGCUGACCAGCCUCUAUCAGAACAAGAAGUUGAUCAGUCUUUGCCAGAAGACCAAGGUAGCAAUGACCAGGCUUUGUCUGAAGACCACUGUAGCAUUGAGCAGCCUCAGCCAGAAGAACAGUGUAGCAUAAGAAUAAACUCCAUUAAUAUUCCAAAGAAAAAUAAAAAGAAAACAUCAAAUCAAAAAACUCAGGAAGAAUAUGAGCAGAUACAAGCCAAGCGAGCUGCUAAGAAACAAGAAUUUUAGAGAAGAAAAUAAGAGAGAGAAGAAGCCCAAAGGCUCUACAAGAAGAAGAAAAUGGAAGUGUUCAAAAUACUGAGCAAAAAGACUAAAAAGGGCCAACCAAAUUUGAAUUUACAAAUGGAGUAUCUUCUAAAAAAAAUACAAGAAAAAAAUUAAGUCAGUUGUUGCCUGACUAAUCAACCGUUAAAAUAUAUGCUUGCUAUUGGGUUCUUUUGUACAUGGAGUGUCCCUCCUAACAUGUAACUAAAUUUGUCAACAUAAACUAAAUGGCCAAGCUAAAAA